AAUACUAAUGGGAUUGGAUACUUGUCCAAGGAAUUUUAGACGGCUUUGUUAGCAUACAGAAUAAAGAUCUCAGGAGAAUGAGUGACAAUGGAUUGGUUAUAGCUGAGAGUAAGCUUCCAGAUGAACGGUUUGAUUCGACUUCUUGUAAAGAGGAAGAGGAAUGUGAGGAUCAUCUAGGCCAGAGAUCAUCAAAAGUUGGCUCUUCACCUCGAGGAGGUUUGGAGCAUUUCACCAGAGAGACAGCUGGAACUGAGAGGAACCUGCUUAUUUCUGGACAUGAAGUUAUGCUUACUAGUUCUUCCUCCGCCACCGCAGCGAAGAGCUCGAGGCAUGGCUUCCGUGUGAUUGCGACACUUGUCGACUGCAACCCUCACCUACGCUACCAUCUUGCAAUCGGUCAUGAACUUUCGGCCUCUGCAGAAUCAAUCUCAAGCUGCAGCAACAAUGGCAAUUUAAAACGAAGAGGGGAUUAGGGUUUACAGACCUAG